CCUGCAACAACUUUUCCUGUUAUGAACGGCAUUGCUGACAAGAGCAUCAUUUAUAGAUUUUUAUUGACUAUAUUUUCAAUUUUAUAGGCACCAACGGCCCAAAUUUUUUAUAAAAAGUUUAUAGAAAAAAGUAAAAUUGACGCUACAUGGGAGCUUAUUCGCUGGAAGGUAAGACACCUAAAAACGUCAUUUAAAAAGGCCAAUGACUGGCGUAAAUCAACGGGCGCAGGACUACUUGAAACAGAUGCGGGAACUUCAAGCGUUGAAGGCAAAGUUCUACAAAUGUGUCCCUACUACAACCAACUAAAUGAAAUUUUCGGAGAAAAAAAAGUAAACGGCGACUUUGUGGUUAUUGACACUGGAGACGUGAUAAAUAUGGACGACACAUUAACCGAAUCAAUAAUUGUUGAUGAUUGCACUCCGUACGAUGUAGAUGAAGAAGCCAGUACCUCAUCUCUAGCUAAUUCCUCAGAUGUUCCAACAAUUGAAACAUGUUUGUCCUCAAAACAAUCAAGUGAUUUUACACAAAGCCUAUCAACAACUAUUUCCAAAAAAUCCAAAGACUUCGCUGAGAAAUUAAAAAAAAAUGCUCCGAAGUCAUCAGCUUCACAUCUUGCUGUCUUCCAAGCGGAGAGAACUGAAAUGUUUAAAAUUAGAUUAGAAUGGGAAAAAGAGAAGCACGAAAAAGAGAUUGCAUUGAGUGAUAGAAAAUUAAAGCUAGAGGAAGAAAAGGAAAAGCGUGAAAUGGAUUUUAAAGUCAUGCAGUUGGAAAAAGAAGAAAGAUUAAAAAUUCUUCAAAUAGAAAAGGACGAACGCGUACAAAAAUUUGAAAUUGAAAUGAAGUAUAAGUCCGUAUUACAAAACUAAGUUUCUUUAUCAUUUAUAAGUAGUAUAUACCUUCAUAUGUACAUAUGUAGGUAUGUUUUCGAAUCAGAAGU